AUGGCAGCACCCUUCAUUCCUGAGCUUUCGCUCGGCUCUGUCGAAACAGGUGGCGGUUGGGGCGUUGGUGAACAAUUUGCACGUCUUCCCCCAGCUGCAGUGCAGGCCGAGUCGCGUGUUCAACUAUACACUGUGGCGGCUGUGCCGGAGGGCGACCGGACCCGCGACCUGGAGGAUAGUUUGACCGAGAAUUUUUCGAAUAGCGAUGGCGAACUAACUAACAACCGCAGCGACACCGCCAGUGUCACAAGGCCUAGUUUGAAUAGCGUGAAAUCAACGGAGUGCCCGGCGGUUUCAACUGUUGUAGUGCCGACAACACACUACGCGACCGUGUCGGCAGAUGAUGAUGACACCUUCGUGGACCAUGGAAGUUCCACUCACAUCGGUUCCCAGUCACCCGAGACAGCAACUGAAACCAGCAAUGGCAAGAGUGUGAUUAGGAAAGUUGCCCAACAGCAAGUGCCGGAUCACCUUAAGCUUAUGCGCCCCGUUUCGCGCAUGUCUCUCACUCAGGCAGUGCGGGCGCUGGUUGUCGCACCUGAUAAUGCGUCAUUUUUUGCCGCGGUUGACGAUGACCCUGUCACCCUACUAGACUUUAAGGGAGUGCAGCUGGAGGUUAACCGCGAAUUAGACGUAACCCAUGUGCAUGCGAUGGCGGUUGUACGUGUUCCAGCGGCGAAGUUGGUGACAUUUAAGACGUCUUCACCAAAGCACCGCUCCAACCGUAGUCACUCGGUUGUUUCUGCCGCCGUUAAACCCCAACCUGAUCACGGUGUGGAGGGUGAGGAGUCGUAUGUCCUGUGGUGUGGUGUCAGUCGUGGUAGUAUAGUUAUCGUCGAUCUUUCAGACUAUAGCGUUGCUGGUGUGUUGCGCAAUGCACACGCACAGACGAUUACCGGAGUUUGGUUUCUUAGUUAUGGGAAGGUGUUAACGGCAGGUAAAGAUAAAGCGCUGAAGGUGUGGGAUCCGCAGGCGCGACGUUGCAGCAAGAGUCGGAACAUUGCCACCAUCAUUUCUAGUGUUGUGUACGUUAGCACCCGCAAACAGAUAUGGGCGAUUAGUAAUGACAAUUAUAUUCGGGUUUUUGAUUCCAACGGUAACAAUGUGCGGGUGCACACCCAAUCAAAUGACAAGGCGGAAAAUAUGGUUAAUAUGAAGGGGGAGAUGCGUUUCAUUCAGUUUUAUGAACCUAGUGAUCUCAUAUAUGUUGCAAUGCACCGUACACUCGUUAUUGUGGAUCCAGGCACCUGUGCCGUCACAGGUGCUGUUGGGGUGAGCUUGAGCAGCAUGUCCUUCUUAGACAACAAGGCACUUGUGACGGGAUAUGGAGGACUAUUGCAAUGCAACAAGGAGUCCAUCGCUCUUAUAGACUUAAGUGAUCCUCUAGCUCCAUCGGUGCUCUUCCGCGGUAUGGGACUGGAUGGGAGCGUCACUUCUGUUGGAGCACAAUUGCUAACUGCCGUCCCGUUUAUAGUCAUUGCGGAGAAGGAAGGACGGUCAGACAGAUACCUUUCCGUGUUCAACUACGAGGACACAAAAACACUAUGCAGAGGUGGACAAUUAACCUCUGUUCCGCAACAGCGAAAAGUCACCGUAGAUGCACCGAACACUCGCCGCACACAAAUGGUUGCACAUCAAAUUCCAGCUUCUACGCUCCCCCCCCCGGCGGCAACUUCUCCGAGUGCUGCUACGGGAGCCGGACCCCAAGGGGCUUCAUCUGUUCACCACCCUGUUGUUUUUGCCACAGAGAAACGAGGCGCGUUAGUGCGUGAGGAAAGUACUGUGAGCAAUGUCUGCCCACAGCGUCCAUCUGCUGUUGUGCCGACACGCGUAGAGUCAUCUGGUUUCUACUACGGCAGUUUUAAUAACAAUAAUCCGCACGUGUCUAACGCAGGCAGAGGUUACAAUGAGCACAACGCAACUAACAAAUAUGGUGACAGGAAUAUUCCUGUGCAGGCUGGCACGUCACCAGAGAUGAUGGCAAUGCUCACGAACUUCGCGAAGCAACUCGAGGACUUCAAGACUCUUUCCGCCACUUCCCGAUCAUCGCGUCUUCUUCUCGAUGACAUGUCUAAACUCCAUAGUUUGGUGUCGCGGCUAGCCAUCGGUGACCAACUUGGCCCUGCGAUCGAUGGUGCCGCAUUAAAUGCCAUCGAGCAGGAGUACCAAAGUCAUGAGGGUCGCGUAAUCGCCGCCGCUGUGGAACGGCUGAGGUUAAGCAGUGUGGGAGUUGCUGCGGAGAGGGGGGAGAGUUCUUCGUAUCCUCGUCGUCCUGGUGUCAGCCGUAGCGCCACUAAUGCCGUUAGUGGCCGUGCAAGCCCAUCACCGCGCCUUGAUGUUGAUAAGCUUCGCGAUUCUGUUAGGGGUUUCAGCAACAGUUACUCGAGGGUGGAAGAUCCUGUAAGCAUGAGUGGUUGUGAGUUACCACCCGAGUCACUGUUGCGUUGGGUGGCACAACUGACACGUUCUGGGCAAGGGGAAAGGGAAUCUCAUAGACGACAAUUGGAGAGUCUACAACGGCACAAUGCACGUAUUGUCGAGCGGAAUACUGCGUUUAUUAAUGGUAUUGCGCGCAUAGAGCAGGCGCUUCGCACGCAAGCACAGAGGUUGCUUGAAGAAGCAGAUGCGACGUUGGUGCAGCCACCCGAGGCAAACUGGGAUGCGUCCAAUUCAAUUUACGGCGACCGUCACGUUCAACUUCUCAAUCAGGCGCUUCAACAAGUGGAGCAGAUCUCUGUUUCAAGCUCCCCCAAGGAGAUUAAUGAGGCAAUAGGAGGACUGAUCACUCUCAAUUCCCGCCUUCUAUCAGCACAGCAGCACCUAUAUUGUGACGUUGCAAGGAAGGCAUCGCGUCAUGGCAGUGUGAAUGCAUUAACUAGUGAGCGGGAAAGCCAAGGACCGGCCCAAUAUGCUAGUGGUGGCAACCAUCGCACUCGGAACAGCGUAGAUAAUAUGUUUGCCGCAUCUCACACACACUCACCUCGGCCCAGUCAGGUCUCCGUCGUGGCCAUGCGGCCGCAGCGUAUUAUGACAAUGAUUGGCGACGAGGUCGCCUUCGUGGAAACAUUUGUUAAGGACGUCGGAAAGUUUUGGUGCUGUCUUGGAGAGACGCAGAAAGUCAUAUACUUGCCAUAUGAGGGGGGUCAGAAACCGGAUCUUUUUCAAGACUUCAUGCAGUACGCCGUUCUGUGGCAUCUUCGCAGGUCUCAGGUAAUGGUUGAUGUGUGUCGGAGGGAGUCCAUCAUGGUGGUUGCGGAGGCGUUGUUUUCUGACUUCAAUGACUGCCAAAGUGAUGGCGAAAAGAGCAUAAGCGAGAGUGGAAAUGCUGCCGCUCAUGUUUUGAGAGGCGACAGGACAUGGAUAGCAUCUGAGUCUACAAAUUGUGGGGGAUCACGAAAUGGGAGCGUCGGUGGGCAGUUUUCUGUGGCUGAAGGGGCACCAAGAUGUAGCACUGCGUGGAUGGUCAGCGUGAGUUUGGAGCUGGAGUCAGUGGCAUCCCGCAUGAGGGAGUCGUUUCGAGAUGCGCAAUGGACUCUGCCACCGAGCGUGCCAAAAGAAACGGUGGGUGGUUUCUUCCUUAUCCCAAGUGAAAAACUUCAUGUUCAUUCGGGGAGGCUCCGUGGGUUGCUGUAUUGGAGCCGGUUAACGAUGCACCUGCUCUUCGAGUGCCUUGAGUGCUUGAGUGGUUUAGUUUUCCACGGCGAUGAGCAACCCCGGUCCUUUCACAAGGAUAACUUCAAAGCCAUGGAACAACAAGUUGAUGACUGGCGCUCGUUCUUGCAAGAUUUACACAACGAGCUUACUCAGUUGCGCUCUGUCGUGCUUUUAUCACAGCGGGAGAACGGUUCGGCCCAGUUGUCUGCAUCAGCGACCGAUGGAUCAGAUGAACAAGGGGGUUUAUCCCGCUCAGAAGAGCAAUCUCAAUCCACUGAUGGUGUCGUCCCGACGGGUGUGGAGCGCUGCAUGCAGUGGCUUAUACUUUUAGGUCUAUACAUUCAACGCGCGGGGAAGGGCGACGUUGUGCCGCCGCUGUUCAUUUCUCAAGACAGUGGUAACACAAUGAAAGCGGCGGAUUUCGGGCUCAUGGCAGUCCUGGAUGAAGUUGCGGAAGAUGUUGAGGCUGUGCGAGCGAAGACGGCUGCGCUCUUACGUUACUGCCAAAAGGUGCAGAGUCGCUUUGCUCGGAUAAUAGAGGAAGCAGUUGUUAAUGAGGAGGUGGGCCAGGUGUUUAUUCCGCUUUGGCGUGGUGGCCCCAUUGCCGAGCGGUACUGCAAGGGGUUUUGCCAUGAUAUGGAGUAA